GGAACCCAGCCGCGCAGUAAGCCGCGCGGUCGGCGAUCGUCGCGAGCACAGGCUCGUGGGCUUCGUCGUCUGCAAUCGCUCGCGGGGCCUCGUCUUCUGAAAUUCGCUGGAGCUCGCAAUCUUUCAACUGCGCUGACGGAUCCCCAUCGCUCUCUGGGAUAGUUUGCGCUUGCGAGAGUUUUCGACACGGCUUUGUUUCGAGUGCCUUGGUGGUGGUACAACGGACGCAAGGAAGGAGCAAGUUGUUGACAAGGUGAAGCGGAAUGGGGAGCUCGGAAGGGAACAAAACCGUGGCUGACGGUUUAAGAUCGCUGGGUGGCGCCUCUGAAGAACUCGCCGGGUCUCUGCAAGGAUGGACGCGCAAGCUUUCUGAGAGGAAGGGAGGGACUCCAAAAAAGAAGAUUGUGUCAUUUUUAGCUCCAGAUGGCGAGGAAAUAAGGAACAAAACACAGUUAAAUAAAUAUCUCAAGGCUCAUCCAGGGACGGCUGUUGCAACCGACUUCGACUGGGGCACUCCAGCUGUGGAGUCAGUGACUGCUUACACAACACGGAGAUCUGAAAGACUGAGCUUAAAGAGCCGUUCUUCAUCUGAAGCCAUUGACAAGGAGAUUCAGCCGAAAACUCCGGUCAAGCGAGCACGAAAAACUCGUGACAAUGGAGCAGCGAGCAAGGACACGUCUCUAGGUAAGGGCGAGCCUGUGGAAAAAACAGGGUCUGAAGAAGCGAUGGAUAUCCCUGCGGAUCAAGCUUUGCACAAGAAAGAGGAAACUGUCGAAGAUAACGGGAACCACAAAACCACCGACUUGGACGUACCGAAGUCAGUAACAACCCCGGUGGAGGAGAUAAAAAGAGUAACUGCAGAAAAUCUCCCUCCCAAGUCGGAGACUGAAAAGAAGAUCGAUGCUGAGAGUCCUGAUGAUGGAAAAAUCAAGGAGACAUCACCGGUCAAAGACGCAACGGAUAACACGAAGGGUAUCGACUCACAGACGAAAGAAGAUGCGAAGAAGGAUGAUGAGUAAUAACCCUUGAUAGCAAGUAAUCCGUGCCCUCAGCGGAGAUAGCCCCGAGUUUCGAGUGAAAUAAGUCUCCAAACUUACAGAAGCAACCAUUGUACCUAUAAUUUAGGCAUUGAAGUCUUAUAAUGUGUAUAAAUAGCAUGAAUAGGUGGUGAGGAUUACGUCUUGGCUAAUGCCAGUGUUCUUUGUAUAUCACAACCUGUUGCAUGUGACCAUGUAGUCUCCUAAUGCGGCUAUCUCAGCCGGAGUUGGCCUGCAAGUUAGGGUGUCAAGCCAGCAAGGAUCAUCUUUGCAGAUGGGGGAUUUUCUUCGACUGUUUCUGCCACUUGUAGAAUAACUAUAUAUCGAACUACAGAACAAGCACAUGUCGCUCAUUCAAAUAGAGCGGAAAGUAAAUAAUAACAUAAUUGUGAACUAUGCCUUUCAUCCCA